AUGGACCCGCCGGACGCAACCGGAAAGGCGCGUCUGGACGGCGAAGCUGCUCCUCUUCAAGGGGUGAGCCCAUCUACUGAAACAACUUCACCAAAAAUCUCAUAUGUGGCUACAAUCAGUUCCCCCCACUCGACAGCCAUGGAUGCUCGACAACUCAAGGAAUCAGUCACAGCUAUACAUACUACUCACAAUGGUGCUCCAGCUGUGAUGUUUACGGCUUCUGAAUAUUACGGAAUCAUGGCCAAUGAGUGUAGAUUAACCAUGGUGGGCAGGUUCCUUAAACCUAGGCCCCAAGUUGACAAACUUCGCUCAAAAUUCAAGGAAUUAAUCAAAACGAAGGGGACAACUACGAUUGGGGUUUAUGAUAACUUCAAUGUUUUUCUUGAUUUCACAAAUGAGGAGGACUUCAAUGUCGUUUGGUACAGAAGGGUGAUUGAAAUUGAGGGACAACAAAUGUGGCUACAAAAAUGGUCACCGAAUUUCAAACCCGAGGAAGAUUUGCCUAUUGCUCCGGUAUGGGUUCUUCUUCCUAAACUCCCCUUCCACUUACACACUUGGCAUUACCUUAAACAAAUUGUUAGCUCUGUUGGUACUCCGCUGGAAAUGGAUAUGGCUACUAAAGGUAGAACUAGGCCAAGCAUGGCCAAAGUGAGAGUAGAAAUAGACCUUCUCAAGCCUCAACCUGAGGUUGUUUACAUUGGUUUGGUUCAUGAAAACGCUCCACAAUCUGGUUAUAUGCAAAAAUUGGAAUAUGAAGGGAUCCCUAAGUACUGCAGACAUUGUCGAAAAUUAGGACAUAUGAUGGCUGAUUGCAGAGUAUUAGAAAAGAAAAAGGCUGCUGAAAAACAAAAAGUUGAUAUGCAAACUAUGGAUACUGAGAAUGGGGUCAAUAUUACUAAUGACAAAGGUGAUGAACUUGCUAAGGCCAUGGAGGAAAUAACUAGUAGCAGCAAUAGUGCUAGAAAUGUUGAAUUCAAGAAGAAUCAAGUGAAUAUGGAUAUUAUGAAGAACACAGUGAAUGGUGCAGAUAAGAAAGAUCAUCCAGGCAAUGAGUUCCAAACUAAUCGAGUGGUUGGUAAAUAUAGGAACAGGAAAAUAUUUACUAAACCUACCCUGAAGAACAAAAAUCAUGAGGAUACUACAACUGAUCCUAUAAAUCCAAAUAAUGACAAGGAUGAUGCUACUUCCAGUAUUCCCGUUAAUCCAAAUGAUGACAAAGUGAAGGAACCGAAUGAAGGUAGUAAAGAAGAAUUGGAUCAAAAUGGCUUAGAUCAACAGGACGAUAAGCAGGACGAUGAUACAAUCAAUAUCAGCAAUGGUAAUACAUGUAGCUCUUCUAAUGAUAAACAUCAGGCACCUGCUAACAAAAAGGAUAGUAUCAACCAGAGUGUGGAUUCACAAACACACGUGGACAAUACUAUGGAGAAGCCUGAUAGCCUCCCCUCUGUGAUCAAGAAUAUGCCAGGAUUGGAUUAUAUCGAGGUUACAUCCCCAAAUAGAGUAGUCGUGGUUAUACCUGAAGAGCAACUACAAGAACAGCAAAAUAUGGAAGAUACUAUUGAUUUCUCUCCUGUUAACAACAAAAAAAGCUGGAACAAGAAGGGGAUUUUUUGGGCUGGAAAUUACAACACCUCUGUUAUUGACAACACUGAUCAACAGAUCACUAUCAAGAUGCACAGCUCCAACACUAGCAAGGAUAUCUUCAUUACUGCAGUAUAUGCUAAAUGUACUGCAUUGGAAAGGAAAGAUCUUUGGGAGGAUUUGGAAAGAGUUCACCAUCUUAUUCAGGGGCCAUGGUGUAUUAGUGGAGACUUUAAUGUCAUCAUAUAUCCUGAUGAGAAACUUGGAGGAAGACCUCAUAGAAUGUAUAAAAGUUUUGAUUUUAGUAGUUGCAUGGAUGCUUGUGAGGUCUCAGACUUGGGUUACAUUGGUCCCAAAUUCACUUGGUGCAAUAAUAGGACACCAAGGAAGAGAAUUUGGAAGAGACUUGACAGAGUUUUCAUCAACGACGAGUGGGCUACCUUAUUUCAAACUAAUACUGUCAGACACCUUUCUAGAGUCGGGUCCGAUCAUAAACCUCUUUUACUUAAGUGUUAUGACAGUUCCCAGAGAGGAAAUGCUCAAUGGAUCCUACAGCAGAAACUUAAGCUCCUCAGCAAGAAACUCAGCCACUGGUCUAAGAAUGUGGUGGGUAAUGUUUAUGAUCAUGUGAAUGAAUGGGAGAUCAAAAUGCACGACUUGGAAGAAGUUGAUCUACUAAAUAGCAGUGACAUGAGCAGGGAAGAUCUUAAUAAAGGCCAAGCAGAAUACAUUAGAUGGAUGAACCUUCAAGAUAAUAUGUUGAAACAGAAAGCGCAAACAAGAUGGUUUGAAGAGGGAGAUUCCAACACUAAGUACUUCCAUAGUGUCAUCAGACAAAGAAGAAACAGAAUUCAACUCCACAGAAUCAAAAAUCACAAAAACAGAUGGGUCCAAGGAAAUGACAAGAUUGCAAAAGCUGCAAUCCAUCACUUUGGAAAACUCUUUAACACUCCUCAUGAUUUUAAUGAUUUUAACAUUUUGGAUUAUAUUAACCCUUGUAUUACAGAUGAAGACAACAACAAACUUAUUGCAAUCCCUAAUGUUGAUGAGAUUAAGGAUGCAGUUUUCAGUAUGAGUGUUUCCAGUGCAGCAGGGCCCGAUGGCUACUCAAGUAUGUUUUUUCACAAAUGUUGGGAUAUUAUCCAAGAUGAUAUCAAGAACUAUGUUCAGGAAUUCUUUAGAGGGAAGAAACUCACUAAAUUUUAUUCUCACUCUUGCCUGAUUCUUAUCCCUAAAACUGAUUCUCCCUCUAAUUUCUCUGAACUUAGGCCUAUUAGUUUGAGUAAUUUCACCUGUAAAAUCAUUUCCAAAAUUCUUUCUAAUAGGCUUAACCCUCUAUUGGGAAGAUUAAUUUCUGAAAAUCAAAGUGGCUUUAUUAAAGGUAGAUUAAUUACUGAAAAUGUUCUUCUUGCUCAAGAAAUUGUUCAAAGCAUUAAGCAAUACAACAAAGGUGGGAACUUGAUUAUGAAGCUUGACAUGGCCAAGGCAUAUGAUAAAAUGUCUUGGAAAUUUCUAAUGUGUGUUAUGAAAAAAUUUGGAUUUUCUGGUAUCUGGCUUGACAUGAUUUGGAGAAUUAUUGCCAAUGUCUGGUAUUCUAUUCUCGUUAAUGGCACCAGAGUUGGAAUGCUAAACUAUCUCAACUUCAAUGAAAACUUCACCCCUUUCAGCAUGAAUCACAAUAGUCCUAUCAUUAACCAUCUAGCUUAUGCUGAUGACAGUGUGAUAUUCAGUGGGGGCAACAAUAAGUCCAUCAAGCUCAUUAAGUAUCAGAUUAGGAGAUAUAAAAAAGCUUCUGGGCAGAAAGUGAAUAAUGAUAAGAGUUUUUUCAUUACUGCUCCUAAUACUGCCCCCUAUAGAAUCAAUAGAAUGAGAAGGAUGACGGACUACAUGGAUAAAAGUUUUCCUUUCACUUAUUUGGGUUGUCCAAUAUAUAGUGGCAGGAAAAAUAUUAGUUACUUUGAUGGCAUGCUUGCCAAAAUUGUUAAGAAGUUUAAUGGAUGGCAAAGCAAUAUGCUUUCUUAUGGGGAAAAGCUCACCCUCAUUAAGCAUGUCCUUCAAUCCAUACCUAUUUACACUCUGUCUGCUCUCAAUCCUCUCAAGGGCAUCAUUGAUCUCAUGGAGAAACAUUUUGCUAAUUUCCUUUGGGGAAAUAGCGAUGGCAAGAAAAAAUACCACUGGAGUAAGUGGGAAAAUCUUUGUAUUCCAAAAGCUGAAGGUGGUAUUGGUUUAAGAAGCAUGAAUGACAUUACUAAUUUAUUGAUCCUUAAGAGAUGGUGGAGGUUCAGGACUCAACCAUCUUUGUGGGCAGAAUUUUUAACCAAGAAGUACGGCAGCAAAGCUCCCAUAUCUGCUGAUUCUCAUACUUGGAAAAGUUUAAUGAAAAUUAAAGCACAAGCAGAACCUCAUAUCAUCUGGAAAGUUCAAGCAGGAAACUCUAGCUUCUGGUGGGACAACUGGACAGGUAUAGGGGCCUUGGCCAAGUUGUGCCAAGGCCCAGGUAAAUCUCCUAAAGUUCUUAUCAAUUCCUUUAUUGAUGAUAAUUCUUGGAAUAUUGACAAAUUAAACACUGUUAUACCCAAUCACAUUGUGAAUUGGAUCUCCAAUAUUGUAAUUGGUAAUAACAGUGAACCGGACUACCCCAUAUGGAAUCACUCUGACAAUGGGAUUUUCACAAAUGAUUCUGCCUGGCAAAUUGAUUACACAAAAUGA